AUGGAAAUCCUGACAGGGACCUCAGGCAUCAUCACAAGUCCUUCUUACCCAGGAAAUUAUGGUAAUAACCACAAUUGCACAUGGAAAAUCAUGGCAAGUACAGGAAAUCGCGUCAAGUUGGUCAUUCAAGACAUGGACAUAGAAAGUGGGACUAACUGUCCCUACGACUAUAUACAAAUUCAAAAUGCUGUCAUAUAUGGCAGUGGUGUGCUCCCUGGGCGUUUAUGUGGUUCACUCACCAACAAUUCGACUUUUUCUUCUUACCACGAAACCUUGAUCGUAUGUUUUGUUACUGAUGGUUCUCUAACCGCCCGUGGAUUUAAAGCAAGAUACACUGUUAUUCCUGGUAAGUAG